ACGUCAUCAGUAAGCGCCACGAGAAGGUCUUUCUUGUACGACGCUUGUCCCACGCGUCGUUUCUUGCAGUAGUAGGUCAAAUCGCAAGACUUGAAAGAUGUCCCGGUGUUUAACUCUACUUAGGUUUGGUCUGCGCACUUCUAGUCUUUCUUCGUUUAGCCGAAGCCGUAGUGUCUCAACGACUUUCUGUGGAGUCGGUGCACCAACAUGGAUGGAGCAGUAUAGCAUUGGUCUUAGACUCUGGAAGCCAAGCCAUAUUGGUGUGAAGUUAAACUGUCGUUCCUUUACCGUUCGAGCAGAAACGGCUGAAGAUGAAGUUCUCCAUAACAUUAUUAGUGACACAGAAGACGUUCAAGGGUCUUACUCCAAGCAUGAAUUUCAGGCAGAAACAAAAAAGUUGCUGGACAUUGUGGCCAGAUCUUUGUAUUCAGAGAAAGAGGUGUUCAUAAGGGAGCUCAUCUCAAAUGCAAGUGAUGCCCUAGAAAAGUUGCGACAUAAGCUAAUUACAGGAGGAGGAAAUUCUGAAGCCCUGGAAAUCCACCUAAAGACUGAUGCAACAAGAGGCAUUUUAACUAUUCAGGACACUGGCAUUGGGAUGAAUCAAGAGGAACUUAUUACCAACCUGGGCACUAUUGCUUCUUCAGGCUCUAAGGUGUUUUUGGACACUCUUCAGAGUCAAGCUGAGGCCAAAAGCUCCAUCAUCGGGCAGUUUGGUGUUGGCUUUUACUCUGCUUUUAUGGUUGCAGAUAAACUGGAUGUUUACUCUCAGAGUGCAGAGCCUGGUGUUCCUGGAUACAAGUGGUCAUCAGACGGCUCAGGAGUGUUUCAGAUUGCUGAGGCCAGUGGGGUGAGACAGGGGACUAAAAUUGUCUUGCACCUGAAAGACGAAUGCAAGGAAUUUUCUUCUGAGGACCGUGUUAAAGAGGUUGUAAAUAAAUACAGCAACUUUGUCAGUUUUCCUGUGUUCCUGAAUGGCAGAAGAUUGAACACGCUACAGGCUAUCUGGAUGAUGGAUCCCAAAGAGAUCAGUGAGUGGCAGCAUGAGGAGUUUUACCGAUAUGCAUCUAAGGCAUAUGAUAAACCUCGCUACACAUUGCAUUACCGUGCUGAUGCUCCCCUCAACAUACGCAGCAUUUUCUAUGUGCCUGAAAUGAAGCCAACCAUGUUUGACGUCAACAGGGAGAUGGGCUCCAGAGUGGCUUUGUACAGUAGAAAAGUCUUGAUUCAGACCAAGUCUACAGACAUUUUGCCUAAGUGGCUGCGCUUUUUACAAGGAGUGGUGGACAGUGAGGACAUCCCCUUAAAUCUCAGCCGAGAGUUACUCCAGGAAAGUGCUCUCAUAAGAAAACUGCGGGAUGUGUUGCAGCAGAGAAUCAUUCGUUUCCUGUUGGACCAGAGUAAGAAGGAACCAGAGAAAUAUGCUCGCUUCUUUGAGGACUAUGGUCUUUUUAUGAGAGAAGGCAUCGUAACCAGCAAUGAACAGGAGAUAAAGGAAGACAUAGCCAAGCUGCUCCGCUUUGAAUCAUCAGCAUUGCCUGCUGGGCAGCAAACCAGCCUCCUGGACUAUGCUUCACGCAUGAAGGCAGGCACCAGAAACAUCUACUACUUGUGUGCGCCCAACCGCCAUUUGGCCGAACAUUCUCCAUACUAUGAGGCUAUGAAAAUGAAGGAUAUGGAGGUGCUUUUCUGUUAUGAGCAGUUUGAUGAGCUAACACUGCUCCAUCUACGACAGUUCGACAAGAAGCAGCUCAUAUCUGUGGAAACCGACAUUGUAGUUGACCACUACAAGGAAGAAAAGUUUGAAGCCAGCAAGCCAGCAUCAGAACAAUUAAGCGAGCAGCAUGCUGAGGCUCUAAUGGCCUGGAUGAGGAACUGUCUUGGUCAAAAAGUCACAAAUAUCAAGGUGACCCCUCGUCUGAACACACAUCCUGCAAUGAUCACAGUGCUGGAGAUGGGAGCAGCGCGCCAUUUUCUUCGCACUCAGCAGCUAGCACAUAGUGUAGAGGAGAGGGCGCAGAUCCUGCAGCCCACACUGGAGAUCAACCCUGGGCAUGACCUCAUCAAAAAGCUUAAUGUGCUGAAAGACUCUAAUCCUGAUCUUGCACAGUUGCUUCUUGAACAGAUUUUUGAAAAUGCUAUGAUCACAGCAGGUCUGAAUGAUGACCCUCGGCCAAUGAUCUCUCGUUUAAAUGAUCUACUGACCAAAGCCCUUGAGAAACACUGAGACCCAGACUGGAGAUUGGAUGCAAUUAACUGUCCUAACUGUCAUUAAUUUUGCAUAAUCACAGCCAUUUAUAGAUGUAAGCAUUUUCUCUUUUAGAAUAUCUAUACAGGCUCUGUCCUCUGCUAUCCAGUAUUCCUAUACAAGAUAUCCAGGCUAAUUCCUAAUAAAUUUCAUUUUAAUUUCA